UGCUAAUGUUAGCCGAAGCUAACGUCAUGCCCCAGCACGUAGCCUCGACAGCCUUUAAGAGUAGAAGCUGCUUCUUACUUCUCUUUUGACCACCGAUUUCAGAGUCGUCUAGUUUGUAGUGCAGGAGUUAGUUGGUAGUUUUAGCAACGAAGCGCAAAGAAGAUAGAAGUCGAAAACUCAUUUUCAACGUUGCUUUUUGCUUGGGAGUACAGAAUGGGGAUGUGCUUACCCUGUCUUGGUGGGGCAGUUGACGACGCUGUUGACACUCCAGAUCCAGAGACAAGAAGGCGACAGUUGGCUGAAGCUGCAGAGAAAAGACAAAAAGAGACAGCACACAGGGGUGUUAAAAACCCAGAAGCGGUUGAAAGGAAAAGAAAAAAGCAAGAAGAGAUUGAGAAACAGGCGAUGAGUACAUCCAUGUCCAGCAGCAGUGGUGGCGGCUUGAGGUGGCAGGUGGGCUGAACCUGCGAGACUCAAAAGGUCCAAAACCACAAAGUGGAUCUCUGCGAGAUAUUUUGAACAGCUUUCCGUAUCUAUUUAUGGUCUUUAUUUUCAUGAUAGUUUGAGAGAAACGGCUCAAAGUGCUCAAUGUUGAUCCGUUAGAUUUGAUUGGGGCAGAAAUGUCAAGAGCUUGUUGCCAAACUAGCUGGACAACCCAGUGGGUCUUACUAAUUACAAGUUUCAUCAACACAAUAACUUGCAUAACCAUAUUCACUGUACAUUUUAUUCUCCAAACAUGAUUUAGACUCAUUCCACUGUUUGAAACCAUGAUAGGUUGGACUUUGUCAUUCAUUUUUGGUGAAAGCUGGAGUUUUUAUCAUCACAUCCUUAAAAUAAAUGCAUAAGUCAUAAUUUGACAAAAUAUAUUUUGCCUCAAGCAUUGUAAAGGCCAGCUCUGGUAAAAUGGGCUACAUCCUUAGCUACACAGAUUGUUCAAUUGUAUCCCUAAAAUGAGAUUUAUAAUCAGUCUUUGAUUCAGUUUUUUGUUUUCUGAAAAAAUAAAAAAAAAAGACUUAGGCCAUUAUUUUAGGAAGGUGACUAUACGUAAACAAUGUUUCUAGAGAGUGUUAUUUUUGAGUGUCAGGAUUGCAAAUAACAUUACCAACUCCAGCUACAUUUAUGAUGAACGCUAACACUACACUUCUGCAUUUCAUUUUGUGCACAAUUUCAUUUUGCUGCCAUGAAUUUCACAUGUGGUAGCCACGUGCUUAACCUGCUGAAUUUCUUACAAACUGCGUUGCCUGCCAUAUGUAACCGUUUAUAUUAAGCACAGUUGUAUGUGUGUAUACACUUGAAUUAUCAGCAAACUGCAAUGUGAAUAUAUAAUCUAGUGAAGAACUGAAGGAUUUAUAAUGAAGGUAUUUAAGGUUGGGCUAAGUGCAUUUCUCACUGCUAUGACUUGAUUUGUAAAGGCUUUCGGCUUUUGGUCGAAAAAAUAAUCAAGCCAAUGUAAUUUGCUACAAUAAAUUACCUUUCUGAUAUGA